UCCAGAGGUUCGGUCAGACAUCUAUCUCUCUCUCUCUCCCCCCAGCAUUUAAAACAAUCACCAUUCUUCCUCGGAUACCUCAUCGCCAUUACAGAACCCAAACUACGCUCUUCUCCUCCCAAAACCCUAGCUUUCUCUCUCUCUCUUUCUCUCGCUAAAAACCAUGGAGGAAGUUCAGUCUCCGCAGAUCAACCGCGAAGAAGCCGCCGGCGACGAGUUCUACGAGAAGAUCGAGGCUCCUAAGUUCGUCGACUUCACUUUGCCCGAUCAGUACCGUCCAGAUGACCGUUACUGGUUCUGCUUGCGCGUCGGGUGUGAUCAGAAGCAUGAAGAAGAGUUGGAUUCUGAAGCAGUAUACAAAGAUUUUGUUCUUCGGGCUAUGGCGGCAAGGAGUCCUAACAUAAAGCUUCGUAAAAUAUUAAAUAGAAAGCCACAAAGUUCGAGUUUGAAAUGCCCACUUACGGCUCCUCCAAAAUCUUCAAGGCCUAGAGUAGCAAGAUUGGCUGUAAUUUCUUCAAUUUCUCAAAAGAAAGUUGAUGGCAAGGACAAAGGCAGGCCUCUUUGGAAUGUCAGUGCAACCCCAAAUGCCAAUUCAAAACAAUCAUGCGUUGCGAAUAAGGCUUUAACUACUCCAAGGAACAACAACAGAAAGCAAACCUCAAAUCCAGAUACAUUUCGAAGUGUACGGAAUCCCAAAGCAACAGAUGUUAUGGUGCCAAAGAACAGGAUUGUAGCGAAAGCUCUAGUCUUUCACUCUCCUAAAAAGGUUGUUAAGACAAAGAUCUCGGUAGAAUUGAAUACUCCUUUGAGAAAAAUGUGUGCAGCUAUGAAGAAGCUUGAUAUUGCAGAUGGAAAGAAACAUAAAUUAGGGUAUAACAAGCCAUUGGCUUCGGAUACAUCUAGAAAACAAGUUAGAGGACGAGAGGUUAAGAGCCGGGUUUUUGACUCAUUGCGUUCGAACAUUCACAAGGACCAAGAAGGCAAACCCUCAAAGUGUAUGAAGAGGAAGAACAAGGAUGCAGAGUUAAAACAGUGCCAUGAUCCUGUGCCUCGUGAAAGGGUUGAAAAUGAUUUAAGUGACAUGGAGAUUGAUGAUAAAUCAAGGGACGGUUCUUUGGAAGGAGAUUGUGUACAAGGAGCUUCUAAAAAUGGUGAAGCAAAUGGGCAUCAAGAGUGUUUGAAGACUGUUAAAACCUCAGAACCAUCACCAAGUGAUCAUCCACUUGAAAUUUUGUCAGAUACCUCAAGAGGUGAUACUACCUCCUUGAAAAGUUCCGAAGAGAGGGUCUCAGGAGACAGUGAUCCAAACACAAGUGAUCACGAAGAGAAAAUCAAACCAAGUUUGCGGAAGAAUAACUUCCAUGAAAACACAGAUGGCGAUGAUAAAGAAAAUGCUUUGGUCUCUGAUAACACAGAAAACGAUGACGAAGUGAUAGAGAGUGAUGAUAAAGAAAAUGCUUCAGCUUCUGAUUGUAACAGAGGACUGAAUGCUUGUUUGGAGAGGGGGAUUCUUGGCAACCAUGAUACUUCGGAAAACACAAAGAAGGUUAAUCAAGUAACAAAGAAGACUUUGAAAAAGAAUUCUACCUCUGUAGCCCUCAAUGUUCAGGAAGCAAAGUAUAAGAAACCCAAGCCUACAAAUCCCAAGCCUUUCAGGCUAAGAACUGAUGAAAGAAGGAUUCUCAAGGAAGCAAAUCUGGAGAAAAAACUUCCCACACCACUUAACGAAAUCAAGUCAGUUAAGCAGCUCCCUGCAACAACAAAAUCAUUGAGAAAACAUCAGAACAUGAUCCAGAAAAAUGAGAACCAACAUGAAGACUGCGAAAAGAGAAUGGACAGAAGAAGAACAAAUGUGGAUCAACCUAGAAGGAUGAGAACUACCAGUUUGAGGAACCAGAAAACCAGCCUCACAGAUUCACACAAGAAAAAAGGCCAGGUUAAAAUGGUGCAGACCUCAGAGGAAAGGACAAAAUCACCAAUGAUGGAGAAGAAAAUUUUGAAGCCCAAAAGAAAGGCAAUGAUUUCCCCCAAGACACCAGAUCAACAACUUAGUUUAAUAAAGGAAGCAACAAAACCAUGUGAGAACGGUGAGCCCCGAAGUAGAGCUCCAAAGUCAAGGGGAAGAAGACCUACAACUGUCCCAAAGGAGCCAAACUUUCAUACGAUACAUGUACCAAAGAGCUGCACUAGGAAAAUAAUUUAAGUGCUUCCCGGAGAAUUACUGUAUAGGUGUAUGAUAUGUGUCAUGUUGUUGUUCAAUUGUAUCAUUGAAUUUUAUUACAUUCUUUUUA